AGAUGGCUUCUCUGUGAUCGUUGUUGCUGCAUAGCUGCGCUGUACAGACCCGACUCGGCUCGAGCCCCGUUAUCAUUAGCUCCUCCUAUCUGAAGGCUCGCAUUAAUCAUUAAUCUCUAGUUCCCGCCUUGCUCUCUCGCUAAUCGCCGCUAUAUUAUGUACUCCACACGACAAUAGGAGCCGCUGCCAUGGAUCUAACAAGACAAGAGUACCCGGCAUUGUUGACAUCGCUGCAGCCGAAUCAGGCUACCACGGUUUUGAACGAUCGCAUUCGUGUGAUUAACAAAGUCAACACUGACAUCGCCGAUUGGUUGCAGGAGCGGAGGCGCGUUGAGGAGCUCUAUGUGCAAGGUCUUCGCAAACUUGCGCGGAGACCGCAGCCAGAGGAGAACGUUUCGUUGGGUGUCUUUCAGAUGCCAUGGAAACGGAUUAUCAAUGCCACCGAAUCGCUUGCAGCCUCACACGAAACUCUUGCAUCGAAAAUCGAAGAAGAUGUGGAGAAACCGCUGAGGGACUAUGGAUCAAGGCACCGCGAGUUGGCCUCGAUGCCUUCAAUUUGUAAUGACCUGGUGCACUUGUCGAAAGGCUUGGAAGCUGCGCAGAAAAAGUUGGAAAAAGCAAAAGAGAAACGGUCCAAGGGCUCAGAAAAAGCAACCGCAGCCUCAACUUCCUUGGCCGAAGCUACUCAACAAUGGGAAUCCCGCGCGCCAUUCGUAUUCGAACAGCUUCAAUCAGUUGAUGAGAGCAGACUUAACCAUCUCCGCGACGUUCUUACCCAACUUCAAACCCAUGAAGUCGACCAAAUAGAACGAAGUCGACAAACCGCCGAAAGUUGUUUGAAUGCCUUGCUUAAUGUCCAGACGGCUGAUGAGAUCAAAACAUUUGCUGCCAAGAUCAAUGGAGGAAGAGAAUCGGCGCCUUUGAGAAGAAGCAGCUCAGUUAAUGCAGCUCCCACGCCUCUAGCUCCCGUGUCGUCACCUCCUGUGUCAACAGAAAUUGCUGAUCUUCCUCCGCCACCUCGUAUUCCUGAUGAUGCGGCUAGCCAGCACUCUAAUCGGUCUGGCCGUUUCGCUCGCGAGCCUCCUCCCGUACCUGAACCCAGACAUACGCCAAAGUUGGGAGGUUUACGCAGGUUGGGAACCGUGAUGAAUCGUCGUAAAAGUGUUGUAUUGGGCUCUGGUUCUUCGAUUUCCGGUCAGGAGAAGAAGAUCCGGCCAGCCUUUACAUUUCGUAGAGGAGAUUCAUCUCGGGAGGCACAGCAACUUCCGUCGACCCCUCCAGGUCGAGAUACCCCCAGCAUUACAGGCGACUUCACAGCUAGCCCUACUACGUCUGUCUCAUUGCGUGAGCCUCCCGUACGCGAAGAAUCCAGCACCAUUGCGCCAAUUCAGGAGGUGACAGAAACAACUGUUACUACAAAUGGAACUACCAAACACGAAGCCACGGGACAGAGCCAAUCAGCAGUCGCCCAGCCACAGAUAGACUCGGAAGGGUAUUCUGAGCGGCCACAGAUUAUCGAUGAGAUAACAAGAGCACAGAGAGAAGCCGCAGGACUGGAGGAAUCAGGCUUAAACCUCAAAAUCCGAGAUGAACCGAUUCACGAAGACGAAGGGCGAGCCAAGCAGGCUAUGGAUGACAUGGCGAAUACGCUACGCAUGCAAGGGUUGCAGUCUGGUGUCAGGCGAAACGCAGGAACCAUUCGUGGUCGACGCGAUGUUCGAAACACUGUUUUUAUAGCGCCAUCAGCAGGCUCAGAACAAGGACCUAGUUCUGGACUUGGUGCAGCACCAGCGGCAUUUCCGAAUACAUUAACCUCUCCAAAUACAUUGGCUGUGUCUCCUACCCCGGCGGCGCCAGCUGCACCUGUCCCAAGCCAGGAAGAUAAAGCAAUGUCAGACACAACGUCGAUUCACUCAUCGCACACGCUGCAUAGUAUUGCGGGUCCUGUUUCUCAUCCAGAGCUACAUGAACCUGGAUUGAAUGCGUCUGUAGUCGAAACAGUCAACAGUUGGUUUGAAGGAGGCAAUAUUACGAAGUCUUUCGUCGUUGGUGAGCUUGCAUUAGCAUACAAUGCCGCCGCAGGUUCCACCACACAAACCAACACAGUACGUCUGGAUAAUUUUGCAUUGCUUGAAAAGGUUGCGGCAAAUCCUUAUUUUGUGGCUGAGGUAUCCAACACUGAUGACGAAAAACGUGGCGAAUAUAACGUGUCUCUGGCAAAGAUUGCACGGCCUAUUCCCACCGUUGCUUUCAAAUAUCAAAUCCAUCUUACGCCCUCCAACCUAUCAUCAUAUUCUCCCGUCAUCUUUACUCCAGCUUGGAAUAUUGAAGAAUUCCAAGCAAGUACUAUUAUUCCUUACAAACUUAACCCAGCCUUUGUGGCCAGCACACCAUUAGAGUCGAUCAUUUUGAAAAAUGUCAUCAUCACUGUCAACUUGGACCUCUCUCCCGAAGACGAGAUAACUAAGCAGCCUCGCGAAGUGGCACGAGCAACAAACGUCGCUAUGUACCCGAACACCGGCGCCGUUUUCCGCCGCAAACAGUCUGCAGUUGUAUGGAAACUGCCCGAAUUAGAGGUUAGAGCUGACUCAGACAGUAAACUGCUUGUUCGGUUUACCACUGCUGUGAGCUGGCCUCGUAAAGGGAAGGUUGAAACUAAAUUCGAAUACGACACAGCGGAAACAUCCCCACGAUUAGGCGUCAGCGUCGCUGAGACUGCAGGACAAAACGAAAAAGACCCGUUCGCCGACGAAGGAACUGCUAUCAACCCAUCUACUCAAGCCUCGAUAGCAUGGAAGGAAAUUCACACUUUGCGGAAACUGACAGCUGGCAAAUAUGUCUCUACGUGAGAUUGCCAAAGGUUUUAAUUUUUCAUAAAAAUUUACUCAACUUAUCUUGUUGUGUCGACUGUUUUGGACAGCCUAUCUUUCGCUUCUCUUGUUUAGUAUUCUGGCUUAACAGCAUUUUCUUCUCACUUUUUAUUACCCCAACAGUGUUUCCUUCCCCAUCUAUAUGAACAUCUUGCUUGUUAAAUAAACCCAUCCCAGCGCUUAUUUCAUAGCCCCGCCCAUCACAAAAUGUUUCAAGUUGGCACUUGCAAUAGAUAUCAACUUUGUGAUCAUGGAUCAAUGUUUUCGAGUAAUAUGAAUAGUGAAUGGAGAUUGUAUACUCUUGGUA